AUGGGAAGGACGGAUGUCGUUGACGAAGACAAGAAUAAGAUGCAGCAUGAGCUUCGCAACCUCAUGGACAAAUACGAGGAGAUGACCAAGAAGGUGAGAGCCUCGUGCUCAGUAGACCAGAUUCUCACCAGCACGAAUCUACCUUACAGUGCGGAGGUGAUAGCCAUGCCACUUCCACCGAAGUUCAGGGUUCCCCAAAUAAAUCUGUACAACGGAGCCGAGGAUCCCUUGGAGCAUCCGGACACCUUUAAGGCUCAUAUGACCCUACACAGAUUCCUUGGAAAGAUCGCAUACAGGGCCUUCCCGUUGAUCCUAAAAGGCACAAUGCAGGCGUGGUUUGCAUCGCUAGCACCAAAGUCAUUCUACAGCUUUGAGGAUCUAGCUGGCCUCUUCAUCACGCAGUUAAUGGCCAGCAGAAGGAGAAGACACCUGACAGCUUACCUCCUGACCAUUGAGCAACAAGAGGACAAGAGCUUGAAGGCCUACUUGGUCAGAUUCAACAAAGAGCGCAUGACCACUGAUGACCAAGAUGAGAAGAUCACUCUUGCCACCCUCCUGAGUCACGUAGGGCCCCAGAACCCAUUUAUGGCUGAGUUGGCCAGGAAGACUCCUGCCACACUAUGGGAAUUCAUGGACCAAGCUGACGGAUUCAUAAACGUUAAAGACACGCUACAAGCAUUGACAGCACCAGGAAAGAUGAAGCUAGAUCAGGCCGACAGGAAAGUCAAGACAUCGGCCCAAUCCAAGACUGCAGACAAGGCCAAACGAGGACACCGCAACAAAGGGGGAGAGUCAAGAUGA